AUGUCAUCCGUCCGCCACUCCUCCGCAGAACCCGCCCCCGACCGUCCCGAGAAGAGACCCCGUCUGGACGACCCCGAGCCGGCCAUGCACAUCUCCAUAGAACCAUCCGCACCGGUUCCCGUCGACUCUGACGCCGUCGACAUCGACUCGGGGCCAGCCGACUAUGCGCGCAAUCCUUCACCAGACUCGCGCCUGCCCGCACGGCCGGCGCACGGACAGGCACCCGAGAACUUAUCGAAGAGAGCGAGAGCAAAGGCUAAGCGUAGGAAGAAUAGGCAUCUGCUUCCCGAACCCUAUACCGGAGAGUGGAUAGUAGCUCACGAGGUCGACAAGCUCCUCGGCGAGGACAUCAUCGACCAGGCUGUAGCCGAGUCGAGCGAGUGGGACUCCCGUUCCAGGACAAGAAUUCUUGUGUGCUUGACGUCACUGUCUCGCGUCUCUCAUCUACUGGUAUGUCUUCCGUUCGUCAACACCCGCCUCUGGACACAAGUUCAAUUCUCCUUCAGCGACUCCCUCUCCAUUGCACCUGCGCCUCACAAGCCAUGGGUCAUCGUCACACCUCAUGCCCUCCCUGGCGAGAAGAUCCGCGUCCGCGUUUACCGCCAUAGUCGCAUGGUAUCUUACGCCGACCUGCUCGAGGUCAUCGAGCCAAACCCGGAGUGGAGAGACAUGUCUCGUGUGCGGUGUAAGUAUUUCGGAAAAUGCAGCGGGUGUCAGUAUCAGAUGCUCUCCUAUGAGAAACAGCUCGAGCUGAAACGCGAGGUCGUCAUCCGUGCAUUUGAAACCUUCUCAGCACACAAACCUGAAGUUGGCCAUUCCAACCCUCCUGACUGGCUGAAGAUUGGUUUCAAUGUCGUCGGAACGCGGAAAGUCAUGGAUAUCGAGGAAUGUUCCUUGGCGACGGAAACGAUCAAUGCAGCCUACAAGCCGAUCCGCGAACAGGUUAUAGAUAACAUCUACCAGUACAAGAAGGGUGUAUCCCUUUGUCUGCGGGAUUCUCUGGAGCGUACACCUCUCCCGAGCGGUAGUCCUAUACCAUCUCGUAGCCCAUCGCCGAGGCUGGCGCUCCGCUGUCCCGCCCGACGAAAAGCACAUUUGCACCACGGACCACAAAGACAUGGUGCGCGAGCGCGUCGGCGACAACUCUUCGAGUUCAACGCCUCGGCCUUCUUCCAAAACAACAACUCCAUCCUCGUCCCCCUCACCUCCUAUGUUAACUCCUCCAUCUUCGACCGUAUCGCGCCCGUCCCCUCCAGCUCCUCCGCGCCCGCUUCGCCACCCCGCCGCGUGCCGACGCACUUAUUGACGCUACUGCGGCAGCGGCCUCUUCGCGAUCACGCUCGCGCAGCGCUUCUACAGGGUCGCGGCAUCGAGCUCGCGCCCGAGUCGAUCGAGGCCGCAACGCAGAACGCGGCGCUGAACCGCCUCCGCCCCGCGCAGUGCACGUUCCUCAAGGGCGACGCGGCGGACAUCUUCCGCACCGUCGCAGACUUCCGCGCGAGCGCACCGCGCUCGUCAUCGACCCCCCGCGCAAGGGACCGACGAGCAUUCAUCGAGCAGAUGCUCGCGUUCGGGUGCGAGACCGUCGUGUAUGUGAGCUGCAACGUGCAUACGCAGGCGCGGGACAUCGGCAUGAUCCUGAGAAAGAGUGGGCAGAAGGGCGUGGGCCCGGACAAGAGAAAGUACGUGUUGGAGUCUUUGAGGGGCUUCGAUCUCUUCCCCCAGACGGCGCACGUCGAGUCGGUAGCCGUACUGCGUCUUGUAUAA